CCAAGGGAUGGCAGCUGACAUGCAGAGGAAGAGAAGCAGUGAAUGCCCCGAUGGCACAUUGGCUCCUUCUGACGGGCAGAGUAUGGAGAGAGCUGAGAGCCCCACACCAGGACUGGCCCAGGGAAUGGAGCCAGGUGCUGGGCAAGAGGGUGCUAUGUUCGUCCAUGCCCGUUCCUAUGAGGACCUGACUGAGUCUGAGGAUGGAGAGGCAUCCGGGGAGAGCCCCAAGGAAGGUGCUGGAGGGCCCCCACCACUGCCGGCAGAUAUGCGCCAGAUCAGCCAGGACUUCAGUGAGCUGAGCACCCAGCUAACGGGUGUGGCCCGAGACCUGCAGGAAGAGAUGCUGCCUGGAAGCUCAGAGGACUGGUCAGAGCCCCCAGGGGCAACUGGGCGGCCAGCCACAGAACCCCCCAGGGAGGGUACCACUGAGGGGGAUGAGGAAGAUGCUACUGAAGCAUGGCGCCUGCAUCAGAAGCACGUCUUUGUGCUGAGCGAGGCAGGGAAGCCUGUGUACUCCCGCUAUGGGUCAGAGGAGGCACUCUCCAGCACCAUGGGUGUCAUGGUAGCCCUGGUGUCCUUUCUGGAGGCAGACAAGAAUGCCAUACGCUCCAUCCACGCAGAUGGCUACAAGGUGGUGUUUGUGCGCCGAAGCCCGCUGGUGCUGGUGGCCGUAGCGCGCACGCGGCAGUCGGCACAGGAGCUGGCUCAGGAGCUGCUGUACAUCUACUACCAGAUCCUGAGCCUUCUCACCGGUGCCCAGCUGAGCCACAUCUUCCAGCAGAAGCAGAACUACGACCUGAGGCGCCUGCUCUCGGGUUCAGAGCGGAUCACUGACAAUCUGCUUCAACUCAUGGCCCGGGACCCCAGUUUCCUGAUGGGCGCAGCCCGCUGCCUGCCGCUGGCCGCAGCUGUGCGUGAUGUCGUAAGCUCAAGUUUGCAGCAGGCAAAGGCCCGUAGCCUCGUCUUCUCCAUCCUGCUGGCCCGCAACCAGCUUGUGGCGCUGGUGCGUCGCAAGGACCAAUUCCUACACCCCAUCGAUCUGCACUUGCUUUUCAACCUCAUUAGCUCCUCUUCGUCCUUUCGUGAGGGUGAAGCCUGGACGCCCGUGUGCCUGCCCAAAUUCAACUCUGCAGGCUUCUUCCACGCACACAUCUCUUACUUGGAGCCUGAUACUGACCUCUGCCUGCUGCUGGUCUCCACUGACCGAGAGGACUUCUUUGCGGUUUCUGACUGCCGACGCCGCUUCCAGGAGCGCCUGCGGAAGCGCGGAGCCCACCUGGCCCUGCGGGAGGCCCUACGCACACCUUACUACAGUGUGGCCCAAGUGGGUAUUCCGGACCUCCGCCACUUCCUCUAUAAGUCAAAGAGCUCAGGACUGUUCACCAGCCCUGAGAUCGAGGCCCCCUACACAAGUGAAGAGGAGCAGGAGCGGCUCUUGGGCCUCUACCAGUACUUGCACAGCCGUGCCCACAAUGCCUCCCGGCCACUCAAGACCAUCUACUACACAGGACCCAAUGAGAACCUCUUGGCCUGGGUGACAGGUGCCUUUGAGCUCUACAUGUGCUACAGCCCCCUGGGGACCAAAGCAUCGGCCGUCAAUGCCAUCCAUAAGCUGAUGCGUUGGAUCCGCAAAGAGGAAGAUCGCCUCUUCAUCCUCACACCCCUCACCUACUGAUGGGAAUGUAUGCAGGCCCAAACUUCCUGGACCUGUUGGGAUGUGGGCAGCCAUGAGAGCCUCCAGGUGGGGCUAGCCUUUUCUUACCCAGCCAGCAGGCAGGGACUGUGGCUUGGUGUGUGCAUUAAAGUGCUUUGAGAAAUACA